GGCUUUUACUUUGAAAUCGGCUUUCCCAGACGCUGGCGUGGAGCAGCGCGUUCCCCAGAGAGGACAGCGGGGCUCAACAGCCCGCUGAGCAACUUCAAGUGUGCGGGGAAGAGAAGGAGCGUGUGGUGAUGUUACUUGUGCCAGUUAGUUGACUUUUUGAAAGCAGAAAAGCGUCUUCAGGAAGUCGUGGAAAACAUUUUCAAACUUAGGAGUAGUUGAGGGAGUCGCGCGCGGCAGCUGCAACUUCAGGACCACCGGCUGUCCGGAGUGUGAGAGGAGAGCAGCCGGUAAAUGACCUGUUCACAGAGGCUGGAGGGGAAUGCACUCGACCAGGGACACGAACCAUGGUCUGGCAAGUGUGGUCAAAACUCUGCUUUGGUCAAAAAUGGAUCCUCCUCAUUUCCCCUCUCUUCCUACUUUUCCUCAUGAUAUUCAUGAUGACAAUCACUCUGCCCCUAUCUCUGCCGCCUGCUGACAUUGACCGGCGGUCAUCCCGAGCGCUUAGCUCCGCGGGGGAGUUCAGAUCCAGGCCCAGGAUUGUGGAGCCCCCUCCAGUCGCUGCCUUCCAGCAUCCACUCAGUCACAUCCACAGCGGUGCCUGGAGAACCAGCACUGGAAAAGAGACGUUUAAACAUUUAGUGCCAUCUAAACCUUUUGGGGACGCUGCUGGCAAUGACAAAAACAGCAUCAAGGAAAGAAGUCACACUGACAAACACAGAAAUAAGCUGAAAAGCAAAGGCAUCGCCUCCAAAAGAAAAGACGCCAUCCAGCCAACCAGAAAUAACCAUCCCAAUCUCCCAGAGUUUACAGUCAACAGACCAGAGCCAAAGCAUAGAAUUAAGCCAAGCAACCACAGUGCUGUGGUAAAGCACACUGCACAGACUUACAUUUAUCUAGAAAGGAGUAAAUCCACAGCAGCACGUAUUCCUGCUCCAGCACAUACAAUAAUAAGUGACAGAAGAGUUGCAGACCGACAGGCAAGAGGAUGGGACGAUAGACAAACAAACGUGAACGCAUACAUGGAUAAACAUGGCAGUCAUACAAGUACAAAGCCAGCAGAACACCACCAGGAAAAACUCAGAGAAGAAAUAAAACACUCUGGGAAAUCUGAUCAACUAGAUAACGAGCAGCAGGCUGUGAAAAAGCCUCCCAGGGAGCUCAGACAACACCGUAAUCUCUUUGAGGAUCCCUCUGAAGCCAAGAAGGAUCCUGGGUCAUUGGACCAUAGAAAGGCUUUGUCCAAACCCAAGGAAUCCAUAAAGAAAGAUGACAGUGGCUGGUGCCGGAGCUUUAAAGAGCAGGACUUUCCAGACAGUGACCACAGGAGGAUCCGAAUUAGUACAGAUCUGCAGCCUCUUACCUGGUUCAGCAAGGAUGACAUCCAGAAGAUGGAGCUCCUUGCUGAGGGUCAGGUGGUCAGCAAGGCCAGGGUGCCAGCGCAUGGACAGGUGCUACAAGUGGUGCUGGAUCCUCCAGCAAACCAGCAGCCAUCACCGAUGAGAGAUUUACAUCAGCACGGUGCUGGACAAGGACUUCAAACCACCCACAGCGAACGCUGCCAGCAUGGACACUGCUCCCUCAUCAAACGCACAGAUGACUGGUUUGAGGUGUUCGCCUUCCACCUGGACAGGGUGCUGGGGCUCAACAGAAGCCUCCCUGCAGUUCUGCGGACUUUCCACAGUGAAGUUCUGCCUUACCGGUACAUCAGCGGCACCCCCAGACCUGCAGUGUGGUGGGACCCAGAUAUUCAGCACCUCGCUGAAAAAGACAAUGACCAGAACUCAGUACAGCUCACCUGGGUUCAGUACCAGAAGCUGCUGCAGGCUCGCUGUGGGAGCCAUACAGACCAGAGGUCAGCCCACUGUGUAGGAGUCCAGCACUCAGAAUGGGGGAGACUGGCCCUCUUUGACUUCUUAUUACAGAUAAACGACCGUCUUGACAGGUACUGCUGUGGUUUCACACCUGAUCCAAUAGAACUCUGUGUGGAGAACCUGCUGCAUGCGAAGUGUGGCAACACCAAGGACCUGAAGCUGGUUCACAUCUUGGUGAGGAAGGCGGAUCCCUCCAGACUGGUGUUCAUAGACAAUGCUGGCAGACCCCAGCAGUCCACCGACAACCUCAACUUCAGGCUGGUUGAGGGCAUUGAUGAGUUUCCAGAAAAAGCAGUGUCAGUGCUCCACUCAGGCUGUCUGGAAAACCUUCUUCUACGCUCCCUUUACACUGACAGGGAAUUCUGGGACAGCCAUGGUGGCGCCGGCGCUCUCAGGCCUCUCAUCCAAGUGGUGCAGCAAAGAGGGAAUAUUCUCCUGCAGCACAUCAGGGACAAGAAGCUCCGACUCAAGAGGGACCUGUGACCGAGCUGGAAAGGCCAAACUGGAGUAGAAAAUAAACUCACUGAGCAGGUUGAACUGCUAAAGAUGACAUUUCCUCAGUGUGAUCAAAGAGAGCUCAGUCUGCAGCAAAAGAGAAAGAACAGCAGCCUUCAGCGAUGAAAUGAGUCAGGAAAUUGAAAAACACGUUCAGAUGGAAUCACAAAAGUUUUCCGAUUAUGCAUUUAAAACUAGUGUCAAGGUCAUUUACGAGUUUUUUUGUAAUAUAUUUUUCUCACUGAAAGGAAAUGGCAGGAUCAGAAAUGUACAGAAGCACAAUGUAAAGAAAAUUCUAUGGUAACUUUUGUACAGAGCCGCACAGGGAUCAUGUAGUUAUACAGGGUUAUUCAAAAAGAAUGAACCGAUUUCAUUGUGCAAUAUUUUAAUAAGGAAAAGCAAUAGAAAACUCCAGCCAAGUCACAAGUAUUCUACUCACAGUCAACUUUUAUUUCCUGUCUUACAAGUGUUCAAUGUGGCAACCGCCUGCAGCAUGGACAACAUCAACGCGAUAAGAGAAUUCCUCCCAGACGCCUGUCAGCAUAUCACCAUCCACUGAGUUGAUCACCUUAAACAUCAAAUAUAAGUUGAUUGUGAGUAGAAUACUUGUAGUUUUCUAUUGCUUUUCCUUAUUAAAAUAUUGUGUAAUGAAAUGAGUUAGUUCUUUUUGAAUAACCCUGUAUAAAAUCUGUAAGGAAGCCGUAACCUGCCACCAAUGAAGGAAGUAAUUAGUUCAUCAAUCUAUACGUUCAGUUUAUUCACAUUUCAUUGAACACUGGAUAUCCUUGAUUAAGCAAGGAUGUCCAGUGUUUUGUGAAGUGUAGUAGUGUUAAAGAACUUCAUCACUCAGCAUGUAAACUGACCAGUAUUUUUAUUUAAAGGUACUGUGUGUGUUAAUGCUGCUGGUGCUACAGCUCACCUGUCGCCUGAGAUUAAGAUGACGUUCCACUGGUGGAUGGACCUAACAGAUCAGGUUUAACCCAUUAUAAACCAAACUAUGUAAAGCCCAAAUAUAGGACAACUUAGGAAAAAUCAGAUAAUUGUUGUUGCACAAAUUUUGGGCAAAAUUAUGCCAUAUUACAACAUUGGUCUUAGUUUUCCUAUUUUUUCCCGACCAAUUAUACACAACUAACUCUGCAUUGCUUAUAUUGCUCCAGUUAGGUCACUGAAACCUCCCCAUCUUACCAUGAAAGCUUUGUCUGUUGUCAGUCUAGCUACUGUAGCGAGUUUUCCUUCGUUCUGCACCAGUUCUGCAAACAGAAUCAGGCAUAAACCUCAAGGAAAUGCAUGUGUCAGUGUGUUUACCCCGUUGGAAAAAAACAAACUAUACACAGGCUCUCGUGUUCGAAAAGUCUAAUUCAUCCGAAUAGUUUGAUCAUUUGCACCAUAUGAAAUACCCCUGUAGCUCUGUCUGUUGUUCACCAUGCUUGGCACUCCAAACAGCAUCAUGUUUUCCAUUUAAGCCUUCCAUCUGCACUCACCAGCAUCUCACCAAAUGUCCUCUCACAGAAGGGAAAUGUGAGGCAAAUUAUGCUCCCAUUUCCUCAACAACAGGGAGUGCAAAUUCAGAUUUUUUUUUCCCAAGCAAUUUAGUGGAAAGGAAUUUAUUUUGCCUUUCUAUUUUAAUAUUUUACAGGGAGCUAGCAGCAGCAGAUUGAGUGACUGAUUUGGAUGUCUGUUUUUGUGAGAUAAGCUUUUAAUCGAGGGAUUAAAAAUGGCGGUCAGGAAAUAGCUUCUGGACUGGAUCCUGCAAGCCUUCCAUGUGUGUGUGUGUGUGUGUGUGUGUGUGUGUGUGUGUGUGUGUAUAUAUAUAUAUAUAUAUACACGUGUGUGUGUACACCUUUCUUUUAAAACUUUUUUUAUACUUUUACAAAGGGCCUGUCCUUUAGCAUUGUUGAAAUGUGCAACCAUUUACAGCUGUGAAAGAUGAAAGAAAAGGAACAAAAGUUGGAUGAAAUUCAAGUGUCAUUAGCGAAGGAAUAAAGGAAUAGAGCCGAGGCUUUUCUCUCUGAGCGACGCAUUUCUUAAGCUGAACUGUCACAAAACAUUCCUUUGGUACUUGAAUCUUGUGAAAAGCUCGGGUAAUAUCACUUGAAGCUGUUUCAUUCCUUAUCCGUUCUGAAUUAAAAUUCCAGUCAUAUUCGUCGUUCUUGGAUUAAUGACAUUUUCUAUGGCUCCCUCUUUUAUCACUGAAUAAAUGGCUGUAAUGAGAA